UCCAGAGCGCCUGGAGCCCGCCCCUCGCCCAGGCUCCGCCUUCCCCCACGUGUCUGCGGCCGAGGGGAGGCGCCUGAGCCGGAGCGGGCUCUCCACCGGUCAGGCCCGGUCCUCACACGGGUCUCCGUCAGCGGCUCCCGGGAGCGUCCCCGGCUGCCGGAUGCUUCCGCCCCGGCUGCGGCGGGCCGGGCUGGACGCUUAGUGCCCGGCUCGUGCCCUGCCAGAAGCGCCCGCGGGGGUGGCAGCGGCCUCCGCCCCGCGGAGACCGAGCGGCUGGAGGACGAGGCGGCGGCCGCGGGGAGGAGGAUGGGGGCUAACCAGUUAGUGGUGCUCAACGUGUACGACAUGUACUGGAUGAAUGAAUACACAUCAUCUAUUGGAAUUGGAGUUUUUCAUUCUGGAAUUGAAGUGUAUGGCAGAGAAUUUGCUUAUGGUGGCCAUCCUUACCCUUUUUCUGGAAUAUUUGAAAUUUCCCCAGGAAAUGCUUCUGAACUAGGAGAAACAUUUAAAUUUAAAGAAGCUGUUGUUUUAGGGAGUACGGACUUUCUAGAAGACGAUAUAGAAAAGAUUGUAGAAGAACUGGGGAAAGAGUAUAAAGGCAAUGCCUACCAUUUGAUGCACAAAAACUGCAAUCACUUUUCUUCAGCUUUAUCAGAGAUUCUUUGUGGGAAAGAGAUUCCUCGCUGGAUCAACCGACUGGCCUACUUCAGCUCCUGUAUACCCUUUCUACAGAGUUGCCUCCCAAAGGAGUGGCUCACUCCUGCUGCACUGCAGUCUAGUGUCAGCCAAGAGCUCCAGGAUGAACUGGAAGAAGCAGAGGAUGCAGCCGCAUCCGCUGCCAUGGCAAGUGCUGCAGCUGGUGCCAGAACUGGGCGUCACACUAAACUAUGAGCAUCUCCAAAGUCACACCUUCAGAACUGUCUCUGGCAGUUGAAUAUCACUAGAGAAAAGAAAAUAGAGUAAAUGUCCUUUGGAUAUUUUGUAUGCAAAGAUGGCUCUCCCCCAAAUCCCAGUUUUUCAGCUCAGGAUUAUAUUUGUAGUCAAAAACAAAAACAAAAAAAAAAAAGAAGAAGAAAAAUCACUUGGCGCAGGAGGGAAAACUUUAUAUGAAGCUGCCCUCUUUUUUUUUAUUUAAUCCACUUGUAAAUUUGGAUUCACUUCCUCUGUUUUAUAUGAGCUCUGUUAAAUUACGUUUACAGUAUUUUGUAUCACUGUUUACAAAUCUUGCAUGGACUUCUGCCACCAUGAAAGAAGAAAACCUUCAUCUUCAGAAAUUAGGCAGGUCAUCUUUGUACACAUCCUGAAAAUCACCAGAACUACAGCAUAGAAAGUAGGCACUUGAAGAGGUACUUAGAUGGUUACAGUUCCCAUCACCUGCUUAAGAGCUGUAUGUUAGAUUUGUAUUUGUUUUGUUACCAUUUUUGGUGCCCAGAUACAGGGAUCCAAACUGGCCUGACAUGAAGGAGCACACACACAGCCCGAGGGCUUGGAGCCCUGGGUCAGUUCCACUCCACCCCUUCCCAGUCUGAGUAGCACAUUUCCCAGGGUGCCGUGGAGCAGCUGGUUUCAUCCCAAAUACGCCCACCUCAGCAGGGUGGUAUUCUUGUAUCUGCCUGGCUUGAUGCCUUGAUUCUAUAAUGAAGAUGUUUUCAUGGAAGAUACUCUUACAACUGACAAGUGUUUUUGCACAGGUGUUGGGGAGGGGCUUCAUUUUUAUUUUAAUACAUACUAAACUCCUCCCUGCCCAGGAUGUUUUGGGUGGGGCUGGAGUAUCCUAACCUAGCUUCCUGAGCAGCAGUAUGAACUGACAUUAAACUGCUUUUUAACUAUCCAGGCUACCUUUUAUACUAGACGUUGAAAACUAGAGUCUAAAGAAACACCCCCCCCAAAGGUAAUUCUUUGAUAUUUAAUACUUUGUGUACACCAUACCAGAAAUGGCUUGUUGGAGUUUAUUAGUUCAUGAUGAGAGUAGUUUCGCCUCAUAAUAGAAAUUCUAUUUUCAUUGAUCUCGUUGAAAAAUCAUAUUUUUUGUGUGUCUUAAAUUCAUCUUUUUAUGUUCUCUCAAAUGUGUCUCUUACAUAACAUAAUCGUAGGAAUGAAG